AUGGCGUCGUUCAGCACCGUCGUACGCGCCAUCGGCCGUGAGAGCGUUACACAGCUCGCUGCUUCGCAAGCUAGCUCAAGCAGCUUGACGACUACUGCGACAGCUACUCCGACGGCCACGAGCCUACCACCGCCAGGACCGACCCCGGAGGCCGAGAAAACCCAAUACAUCAUUGUCGGAGUAAUCUUUGGCGGGGCGGCCCUCUGCAUUAUCCUCUACGCCUUGUGGGGAUAUUGCUGCAGACGGUACCUGAGAUACAAGCGAACUCAAGGCGGUCGCAGCCGUAUCGGCUCGACGAUGGACGGUGUUGAUAUUGAGCUUCCGACUCCAUCGGCGUGCUAUACAGGCAGCGGCGGUGGCGGCGAUUCGGGUGGCUGUGGCGGAUACUGA